GCGGGAAGCAUGCCAGGGGCGGGGUGCCGGCCGUGGCCGCCGUGGACUUGGAGGAUUGCAGCCAUCAAUUACGCGCUGGUCACCGUUCCUGGGUCUGGCCACUACCUCUACAAGAGGGGCUUCGACCAGUUGGGCAAGCACAAGUGCAGGACGACGGACGUGGACGCCGCCAAGUUCGUCAUCAUAAGCUACGUGGACCACAGCGGCGAUUUCUACGAGGCGCUCCCAGAGCGCCCGCCAGACCGACCUUACCUGAUGUGGGUGAGCCCGACGAAGGUUAUGCAUUGCUACAAAGACGCCUGGUGCAAGAAGAACCUCACGAGGCGUCAGGAUUUCAUCUUCAUGGCCUACGACCUCAGAAUACAUCGCCUGUGGAACGACACCGCGGAGCCCCUGCCCGGCGUGACGAUAGCCCCGCCCGCGCUCUCGCAGAUACCGCGGCCGGACUUGGACAAGCCGUCGAAGUACUUCCUCACGUUCCAGGGCCAGAAGAGGGGAGGCAUUUGGGCGUCGUCUUCGGUGAGGGGGACCAUCAGCACCCAGUUCCAGUCCGUCCACCGCCCAGACGUCCGCAUCGUCUUCCCGCCCUACCCGGAGAGCCCGCCGGCCCCGUCCUACCAG